AUGGUAUUUCUUAAAUCAACUGAUGGUGAUUUCGUGUGCGGCGGAACUUUGAUCACAAACAGUCUGGUACUGACUGCAGCGCAUUGCCUAAAACCGAACCAGACAUUAUUUGCUCGUCUGGGGGAGUACAUAAGAAGUGAAAAAGAUGACAAAUGCGUUGGAAGUUACUGCCAUGUCCGAGCAAAGCACAAAGUGGACGAGGCUUUCAAGCCACGGCUAUUUCACAACAAAAUGUUCUGGAACGACAUAGCCAUUCUGCGACUAGAAAAACCAGUGGUUUACAGAGAUAACAUUAGGCCCAUCUGUAUUUUGUUGAAUCCUAAAUGGAAGAAGUAUAUCGAUAAAAUUCCGAUACUAACCGGAACUGGUUGGGGCAAGACCGAACACGGAACCGACAGCGAUGCGCUCAGGACCCUAGACAUAAGGCGGCAGCCACCGCAAAUGUGCCUCCAGUAUAUCGGUGCUAAUAUCGUGGGAAAUCAGUUCUGCGCGGGAAACUCGAACAGUAAUCUGUGCAAUGGCGAUUCCGGUGGUCCUCUAGGUGCCUUAAUUCCCUUUAAGAACUCGAAACGCUACGUCCAAAUCGGUAUUGCCAGCUUUACAAACCGACAAUGCAAAUAUGUUAGUGUGUACACGGACGUUAUAAGCCACAUCGGCUUUAUUCUCAAGGUUUGGCGUAACUUCGGCAACGGUCACAAAAAGACAGUUUCAAAUAGACCUCAGGUCAGACCUUCAACGGGACCGCUAACCAGACCACCAACCCGACCGCCAACUAGACCACCAACUCGUCCGCCGAGUCCGACGAGUCCACCGAGUCCACCGAUUCCACCGAGUCCACCUAUUAUCACCCCACCAGCACCGAAUCCUCCUUCCAUGCCACCUGUCAUACCCCCGAUUCCGGAACCUAACUUUAUAGAUCCCAUGCCAGGACAUUGGGACAUCAAUUAUGAUUCGGUUUGGGACUCCCAUGAAGGUCAUUACGGGAAAGUGGACUAUGACUGGUAUAAUGAUUAUAGCCCAGAGAGCGAUUCGCACGAGUAUAGACAUAGAUAUCCAGGAAACUUUCCAAUGAUUUUUUAGCUGAAAGCCUAUAUGUUCGCAAAACAAAAUAUUUAAAUCAAUGU